AUGACGGAAUCCGUCCGAUCAAUUCACUCCCUCGUGAAGAAUUUCGCCCGCUUCACACCCUCUCGUGCUAUUGCAAACGAGCUAGCAUCUUUAGGCGCGCACGUGUUUGUAUGCUCACGUGGCGAGGCUGACGUGGCAGCUACAGUGGCGGAGCUACAGUCGCAGGGGUGGGCGGCGACGGGGUGGGCGUGCGAUGUCAAGGAGCCGGAGCAGCGGGAGGUGCUUAUAACGAAGGUGUCAGAGGCUUUUGGCGGGAAACUGAACCACCUGAUCAACAACGUGGGCACUAACAUUCGCAAGCCCACAGUGGAGUACUCCCUAUCCGACUUCCACCACGUGUGGGGCACCAAUUUUGAGUCCGCCUACCACCUCUGCCAACUCGCACACCCUCUGCUUAAAGCCGCUGCCAGCGCUGGUGCUACUGAUGGUACAGCCAAGGGCAAUGUGAGCAUUGUGUUCAACUCGUCUGUUGCCGGGGUCGUUGCUAUUCGGUCAGGCACUCUCUACGGCGCCACUAAGGCCGCUAUGAACCAGCUCACCAAGAACCUGGCGUGUGAAUGGGCCAAGGAUGGCAUCCGGGUGAAUGCAGUGGCGCCGUGGUACAUGGCAACAGACCUCGCCAACCAGGUGCUCAAGGACCAGGCGUUCUCUGCUGACGUCAUCAUUCGAACACCCAUGCGCAGGGUGCUCAAGGAUGAGGCGUUCUCUGCUGACUUCAUCAGUCGGACGCCCAUGAGGAGGGUGGGGGAGCCUUGGGAGGCAGCAGCAGCUGUGGUGUUCAUGUGCAUGCCUGCUGCUUCCUAUGUGCUCAAGGAUGAGGCGUUUUCUGCUGAUGACGUCAGCCGAACACCCAUGCGGAGGGUGGGGGAGCCUUGGGAGGCAGCAGCAGCUGUGGCGUUCAUGUGCAUGCCUGCUGCUUCAUACGUGCUCAAGGACGAAGCGUUCUCUGCUGACGUCAUCAGUCGAACACCCAUGAGGAGAGUGGGGGAGCCUCAGGAAGCAGCAGCAGCUGUGGCGUUCAUGUGCCUGCCGGCUGCUUCCUAUGUGUCGGGGCAAGUGCUGGCUGUGGAUGGUGCUUUCACAGUUAAUGGAUUCUAUCCUCGGACUGAUGAUGCAUAG